UGAUUAAACUGCACUGGCACAUGAAUAACAGAAGCUGCGUCUCAUCUCGCUCCCUGUUUAGUGACUCAGUUUAUAGUGAAGAUGAGUUCACUCGCUGCAAAUACUGAGAGAGAAACGGAGCUUCAUCAAACUAAACAGUUAACGUUAGGCUCCUUCGCAAAAUGAUUCAGCGCAAAUACAACAAACGCAAUGACGAUUGUUACAAACCAGCAGUUUUUCGUGAAAAUAUCAUUAUUAAAUAUAGACAAAGUGUUCAAACUCACAGAAAAACUCCUGCUGAAGCGACAGAUCCACGUGACACUGUUAUAAAGAUGGCGUUUAUUAAACAGGAGAGUGAAGACAUAAGGAUUGAAGAAGUAUUCAGUCUCAAACAUGAAGAUACUGAGGAACAAACAGACCUGAUGGUGCUGAAAGAAGAGAGGCGAGAACUGACAAAAAUGGAAGAGAAAGAUCAAAAUGAGAGACUUGACGUCAUGACUGUGGAAACAACUUCAUCACCAAAAAAAGUUCAGAAGACCAAAACUAACAGUUGCUUAAUCUGCCUUCAGUGUGGAAAGAGUUUCAAGAAAAAAUAUAACCUUCAAAUGCACACGAAUGUUCACAAAUGCCGUCAGUGUGGAAAGAUAUUCACAUGUAAAGAAAACCUUAAACGCCACAUGAAUAGUCACACUGGAACCAAGCCUUUCAUAUGCCAACUGUGUGGAGCAUGUUUAGCACAUAAACAAAGCCUUGAUUCCCACCUGAAACGUCACACUGGAGAGAAGCCAUUCACAUGUGAUCAGUGUGGAAUGAGUUUCAGACUUAAAGUAUCCUUUGAUUACCACACGAAGAGAGAACACUCAGGAGAGAACUGUUUUACAUGUAAUCGGUGUGAAGAGAGUUUCACUUGUAAAGGAAACCUCAAAACUCAUAUGAGACUUCACACUGGAGAGAAUCCUUUUACCUGCAAUGUGUGUGGGAAGAGCUUCACAUAUAAAUCACCCUUUGAUACCCACAUGAGAAGACAUACUGGAGAGAGGCCUUUUGCCUGCAAACUGUGUGGGAAGAGCUUCUCACGCAAAUCAUCUCUUCAGAUUCACACGGUCGUUCACACUGGAGAGAAGCCGUUUCCAUGUGAUCAGUGUGGAAAGUGUUUCAGACAUAAAACAACCCUGGAUUCACACAUGAAAAUUCACACUGGAGAGAGUCCUUACAUCUGCAAAUUUUGUGGGAAGAGCUUCGCACAAAAUAGAACUCUUAAGAUUCACAUGAGAAAUCACACAGGAGAGAAGCCUUUUGUGUGUGCUCAGUGUGGAAAAUGUUUUACCCGAGAAUCAAACCUUACUUGCCACAUGGCACUUCACUCAAAGGAGUAUAAAUGUCAUCAGUGUGGACAGAGAUUCCCAGACAAGAGACACCUUACCUGGCAUGAAAGAAUUCAUUCUCGAAAGACUUUCACGUGCCAUGACUGUGGAAAGAGUUUCAGAUUUAAAGGAAAGUUUAAUGUUCACAUGAGAAUCCACACUGGAGAAAAACCCUUCACCUGCACUCAAUGUGGAAAGAGUUUCAGUCAGAAGAUAACUCUUCAGAUUCAUACGAGGCUUCACACUGGAGAGAAACCUUUCCCGUGUCUUCAGUGUAAGAGGAGCUUCACAUAUAAAAGAGACCUGAACCGUCACUUGCAAACACAUGGAAAGAAACUGCAGUGCUCUGCGAGUGGAAAGAAGCUUAGAAAAAGGAGCAAUUUGAAAAAUCAAAAGCACGUUCGCUCUGGAGGAAGGCAGUUUAAUUGUGAUCAGUGUAAUAAAACAUUUCUUUUGCCAUCACACUUACAGAUACACCUGAAAAGUCAUGCAGAUGUGAAACCAUAUUUGUGUUCUUCAUGUGGAAAGCGUUUUAAAUGGCUCAGUAGUUUAAAAUGGCACCAGAAAAUGAGCAUCUGUGUGAAACUAAAGCUCCGUUCACACCGCAGCCGAAAGUGACCGAAAUCUGAUCAUCCACCUUCAUGACUAUUUUCAUUCUUCUCCUCUAGAUAGACUCUUCUGCAUUUUUAACCACUGUGUAUGUGACCAUCUGCUUUGCUAUAAUUCAGUUGUUUUGUAUAAUUCAGUAUAAUUCAAUUUUGGUUUGUCGCAGGACGCACCUUUGUGAAUAUGAAAUUAAUAUUUCUUGCAGACGUAUGAACAUCUGAUUAACAUCAUUUAAAGAGCGGAUCACGGACAUUCUAAAUUAUUUACUUCUUAAAUACAUAGGCUAAGUGUCUCGGCGACGUAUGCCAGAUGAGCAAAUGAAUAGGGAAUCUACACACAUCUAUGGUCUGCUCGUCACUCCACGGAAGAGAGGGGUGGAAUCAGCAGAGCUCAUUAGCAUUUAAAGCUAUAUUGACUAGGUCAGCGUGCUGAAAACAGCAGAUUUUGACAGGGUAAAGGUGUUUUUUACACUACCAUUGAGAAAUUUUAACCAAAGUAUGUUAUAGACUUUUCAUUAAGACCCUAAAGAAUCAUAUCAACUUGUGUAAAAUGGGCAUCCGAUGACCCCUUUAAGUAAUGUUAAGGAGAAAAUCGAGAUUUUCUGAAUUGACGGUUUAGUUGACCAAAACUGUUUUAGUUGGCUAGUUGCAGGAGAGAGAGAGAAAAGAAAAAAACUCACAUUAAUCUGACAAAAUGACCGGUUCUGCUUACCGAACAGUGCUUUAUUCUUGGGCUGUAGAGCAAACGCAGGAUACAGUUGUUGUUCAGAUCGAUGCAGCAUUAAUUCUUUAUCUUGAGAAAUGUUCUUAUGUCCAUUAUAUCAACUUGCUAAAUAGGUUACAGCUCAAAAUUAGCAUAUGUAUUUACAAAUUAUUACAUUAUAAAACCAGCAUUUUUAGGCGCGCGCCGGAUAUGGGUGUCAUAAAAUAUUUUUAAGACAAAUUAAUUUGUAUUUAAUAUGAUCUAAAUUUUAUAAAAACAUUGUAGUAGGCUACUGUAUUGUUUGUCUAAUUGCUAAAUAUGUAUUUUAAAUGUAUCAAUACAUGGUUCAUGCAUAUAUUGCAGAAUAUUGAAAAAUAUAAGAACUAGAGUCCCAUAUAUCAAAAUAUAUUAUUUCAUAUAUCACAUUAUAUCUUCCAAUAUAUUCACACAUAUUUUUGUUUCGUAAGGGACAGCUGGCUGGAAGAUGAAGGCACUGUGGCCGUAGCAUCUGAAAUAUAGACCGGACUUUGUAGAAUCUGUCCUGUGAGCUUCCUUGGCUACUGUUAUCAGUAAAAUGAAUGAAUCUGCUCAGGGCCAUAAAUCUCCAUCUGCUCAUGAUUUGUACAAUCAGGUCUAAUCGGCUGUGUGAAUCCCAAUAAUCAUCCAAAGAUGGGAAAUGAUAUACUCCCAUGUAAAGCAGUAUGGCUAGAAACUUGGAUCUCCUUUGGAUUUGUCUGGAAGGGAUAUCCAUUCACUUGAGCAGAGUAAAGAUCGGUUUGCUCACUUAUAUAAUUCACCAUUUCAUCAGUGUAAAGCCUGCUGAAGUAAGCAAAAGGAGAACCAACCUCGCUGAUUUCUGGGGGAGCAAUGUCAGGGCUACUGAAUGGUGUAAUAUCCAUCUUCUUCCAAGGUUUAUGACUACUGGAGGUGCUGGUCACACUGUCUUUAUUGUGAUCUGAGACAUACAUUAGUCUUGUUUUACCUCCUGUCUUCCUGUGGCUACUAGUACUUGUCCCUGUCUCCUUGCUCUAGCAUCUGUAUAUCUUCAUGUUCAGUGUCAUUAUCGGUGCAACCUGCAUGCCCUGGUACAUAAUCAGGAUCCUCAACAUCAUCAUCUUCGCUGACAUAACAAAAAAAACAUAUAUAUUACCUGAGAGGUGGUAAAUUAUUCAGUGAUGUUGAGCACUACCAUCCAAGACAAAUUUCUGAUGUGUCGGAUUGGAGCCAAGAUGUCCAGAAGAAACCAAGCUGCAUUGGCAAGUACGUAAGUAUUUCUUUGUGGUACAUUGGCUAGCUAACAUUUAUACCACAUAUAUAUAAGGGAUGCACGAUAUGAAAAAUGUUAACCGAUACCGAUAACCGAUAAUUAAGUCCUUCUCAUGGCCGAUACCGAUAAAUUUUUUAUAUUAUUCAUUUUCAUAUAAUCUGCAGUUUGUGCACACAGGAGAAUACAAAAUCUAAGAUGCACUGAUGAAACUGAUAUUUUAGUAGCUCUGGCCUAACUUUAAUAGCAAACAUCAGUCCUGACUCUUCAAAUGUUUUUAUUUUUUGUGUAAGGCAUCACAAUACUUAGUAACAGAAAUGGUUUAACAGAACUAUGGUUUAUCUGCAAUUAACAACUCAUUAACAACAAAUUUAUAUUCAAAUAUUUCAUGCAUAAAGAAAUGCAUCUAUUUAACCUUUUUAGCGCAUGAGGUUAAGGAAGUUAUAUAGGGACUUUAAGCAACAGCUGCGAAUGGAACGGCUACAUCUUUUAUUAACACAUUUGGUCUACCAUUGUUUGUUUAAUAUCAAAACUUUCAAAAACACGGAGCAGUGUAAUUCUUUUAUUGAGUGAUACACAGCAGGUUUAAUCGGAGACAUUAUUAAUAGAUUUACUAUCCGCCGUCUUCUUGUCUCCCCAACCUGCUUCCCUUGGUGUUUUUACACAUAGAAAAGGCAUAAAGCAUACUGCAUUGUCCAGUUUUCUCUCAGAAAGAUAAUCUGAGUUACUAUUGCAAUCGCAACAGAAAAUCAAAAUACUGGCCUAAACCAAAGUCCCUUUAAGGCAAGUCAUGUCACUCAGCGGCCAUCUUUGAAAAAUCUCUUUGAAUGGGGAAACAUCAAAUUCUCCAAAACUGUUCGCCAAGCUUACAAUUAAAUUUCAAAUUUGAAAUCGGCAAUAAAAUCUGACAACAACUGUAUCAUAAAUGUUGAUUAUUUUGCUCAAAUAGCGUUUAAAAAAAGCAUGUUUUUCAGGCUAGACCCGCCAGUGUGCAUGCACAGUCCUCAGCGCACGUUUCAGAGCAUUUACUGUUUCUAUAGCAACUGGGAAUUCUAACGGCAGCUGCAGUGAUGCGCUGACUUUACCGAUUAACGAUAGGCUCUUUCAUUCAGAAGGCGGGGCUUCGUUCGAUAGAGCUACAUUAUUUUGCUGACUGAUGUAUUGACGCAAGUAGCAUCCUCUGUUAGGGUAUAAUUACUGUUUUUUCUAAGCAGAGUGGCCUACAAACUCCAUGCGAGUGUUAAAGCUGACUUCUGCAGAUGAAACUGACACUAGGGGUGGGCAGAUUGAUCCUAAUAUCGAUACCCACGUUGGUAUUGAUAUCGGAUUGAUACUAGCCUCCCGAGAUCGAUACUUUAGUUUAAAUAUCUCUAAUCUACGCAAAAGUGUUGCUCCUGUUCCAUAAAAGAGCGGACAUGUCUCUGAAUACACCGCUCCUUUCACAUCUUACGCACACGUUGCUCCUCCCCUGCUCUGCUGUGUUUAGUUGUCCUGUCAUCAUGUGACUCAGUGGCGCCAAGCAAGCACACAACAAGCACUUUUAGCUGCUCUGAAUGAGAGAUGACAGACAGAAAGAGGAGCGCCGUGUGGAGCUAUUUUACAGCAGUAAAUGAAAACAUUCCAAACUGCGAUGUUUGAAGAAAGUCUAUAUGCUACUGUGGCAACACCACUAACUUACACAAACACUUAAAACAACACGAAAAAGAGAACGCCGAGCUCCAAAAGAAACGGAGAGAGGAGGAGGCAAAUCCUUCAGACAGACCCCCAGCAGUGCCAGCACUGAGACAGAGAUCACUGGCCGAGACUUUUCAGAGAGGCUAUGAAUAUCCAGGUAGCCAUAGUGGUGAAAUUAAUAUUUUAGUUAUAUAGGAGAUUUAGACAUUAGUUAAUGCUAAUUUGUAAAAAAACAAAACAAAAAAUUGAGUAAUUGGUUAUCAUAGUUGUUACUUUAAUCAGCAGACUGAUUAAAUAUAAACUAUAUUCAGCACAUUGAAACCUGCUAUUUAUAUGAAUUAUUUUACUGGAAUUUAAAAAUAUAUACCAUAAACCUGAAAUAUGAAAAUGGCUGAAUAUCCCUUUUGUGUUAACUGUGAAAGGGACACUAUAGGAUUUAUAUUUUGGCUACAUAGGCAAGAUAGUCUUUAAGCUAGACUUAAUUAUUUUGCUAUUUCACCUAGGUGGUUC